UUCUGUCUAUGCAGGUGUCUCGUCUCAGGUGCCUGUCCAGUGCAGACCUUCAACACUGGGUUUUCACUUGACUUCGUAUUCUUUUCCUGUUCUCCUCAAAUAUGUUUGCCUAAACUAUUUGAUUUAGUAUAUAUAUUUUGCUUUCUAAAACAUUAACCAUGUCUUUUUCAGACGAGUCAAAACUUUGAAUUGUUGUCUGCUUAAGAGAAGCCAGCUGGAUGAAAACGAUGCGUAAAGGUAUCAAUUUAUGCCUGUUGAAUAGGCACACUUGGAGAGGAGGGUAGGCCUAUGUUUUUCCGUCACCGUUGGUUACCGUGAGUGACGGGGUAAAGAUGUCUGUGAUGGAAAACAUAAAGAAAGAAAGAGGACAAUUGAUUAUAUCGAUUCGCCGUCUUACCAAGAUAAACUACAACUGUACAAGCUGAGGGUAGUCGUUAUUUAUCAACUAAACUCAUGAUCGUGUAUGGAGUAUGGCAGGUGUUCACAUAUGACAGCAAAUUAUAGUGACUAGUUAGUUGAUCAUUCUCUUGUGAAAUAAAACGGGAGCUGGUCGGGAACUUCUGAUUGUCAAGAGUUCCCAUCCCUCUUCAACACUAUGGACGUCGUCGACUACAGAAGCGAGUUAAGGAUGUCAGACAGAGAAGUCAAAGCCUUCCUAGACGCGGACAGAUUCACGUCUGUCGGGAACGGGAUUCAGGGUGUUGUUGAAUAUAGAUUUGUGGAUGUCCUGCUAUUUGGUGGGGCACCUUGGGGGUUCACCCUGAGAGGGGGUCUGGAGCACCGAGAACCACUGCUCAUAACCAAGGUGGAGGAGGGCAGCAAGGCGGCGACCGUCAGCCUGCAGGUGGGAGAUGAGAUCGUCAACAUCAACACAGUUCCCAUCAGUGGAUCCAGACAGGAGGCCAUCUGUCUGGUCAAAAGCUCCCACAAGACCCUCGCCCUGGUCGUCAGAAGGAAGAACCGCUUCAAGGGGAGGAAUGAACCCGUCUCCCGGCCCCAUUCAUGGCACUCCUCCAAGUUCACAGAAGACCACCCCGAACCCACAGAGUGUCACAACGAGCCUCCAACUGUGUGGCAGGUCAAACAUGAAGUCAGUGCAUCCACAAAAGACCUUUCCAGCUGCGCGGACCACGACUCGAAUCUACGCCAGUUAUCUAGCCAGUUCAGCUCCGUGGGGAAUAUGGAGAGAGUAGAGCGUCCCUCACACCCCUACCCACCAGGAUGCCUCUCCCCCAGCAGGUACCACCGCAGCACUGAGCCUCUCUCUGGGGGUGGAGUGUCUGGUGGGAAGAGCGAAUCAGCCUUCAGCUGCCUGUCCUCUACCAGCCCUCCCCCGGAGCCUGCUCUGGCCCUCACCAACACUGAGGCGACUGAGGGCAGCGUGUUCUAUAAGGGGGUCCAGACUCAGACCAGUGAGGUCGGAAGGCAGGGUGAGCAGCGCCACAGCCGGUGCCUCCAGCUGCCCCAGGGGGACGGAGGCUCCGAGAGCCCCAGGACAGUCCCAGAGGAGCAGCCUGGCUCCCGCUACUCCAGCUCAGGCUCUGGCAGGUCGCACAUAGGCCCUGUGUGGCACGUCCCAGAGAGGAGGAAGGUUGCAGCCCCCCUCUCUCCUCCUCCUCCUCCCCUGCGCAAUGACAGCUUUGCUGCCACCAAGGUGUACCCUGCCUACACAGAGGGGCCUGGAGCUCCACCACAGGCCCUAGAGAACAGCAGCUACAGGGCCCGGGGCAACCAUAUCUCUCACAAUCAGAAUGGGCCAGACCCCAGGUGCAGUUACAACCCUCCACCUCACAAUAAAGACUUCCUCCACCCAAACAUAGCUGCAGGUGCACCUGACUACAACCACAACCAGCUCAGCAACCCAAACAAACUGUUCUCACUGUCUAGCCAAGACGUGAGACAGAGUCAGUCUCCCUUCGCUUGCCUGCCUAACCAUCAGCGGCAGUACAGCGACGAAAGCACUUUCUACCUGCAGACCAGAUCUGCCCCACAUCCACCGAAGCCGCAGAGCGUUGGAAGCUACUACCACAGCCUCCAGGAGCUCCCUACCAACCGGAGUAACAGUAGGAACCACGUGAGGUCCUCCACCACGUCCCUGUCCACCUCGACCAUCGACCAGAACUAUGACGGCGGAGGACACAUCAGGUACUACUGCAUCACAACCAAGCAGCCAGGCCAGCCAGAGACUCGUGUUAGACAGAGCAAAUCAGAGGUCUGGAUGGCUGACAUGGAGCUAGCUAAGGGCUCAAACGACAGGGGCUCCACAAGUUCCUCCCACAAGACCAACAAGGUCAAGUAUCAUCCUCAGCCGCCUUACGCCAACAGCAAGGAGCGGAACGGGAAUGUCAAAGCGGCCAACGUUCUGCUUUACGAACACACAGCCUCCAAUUCCUCAUCUGGUAAACCUACCACUGAGGAGAGUGAGAGGAGGAGUGAGGGCCAGAGACCUACAGAGGCCCAGCUUAGAAGCUCUUACUCUCCCAGUCCGCCCAAGGACCACAAGGCGGCACCGCUGAGAGAAGACCCUUGGGUCUCUCAGGAGAACCAUAAGAUCUCUUCUCAAAAGACACCCAUUCUCCACAGUCUUGCUCAGGGGAGUAGAAGCCUAGCCCAGGAGAUUAGGAGCCCAAUGCUUCAUUCUCUAGCCCAGGAGAGUAGGAUCCUGGUGGAGAAGAUUCACUCCGCUACGGCACCACCACCCAACGGCGGGGGAGACGCCAACCACGCCAUACAGGAGGCGUUAACAAACAACACGGCAACGGGCAAACUGGCGAGACGCAGCGACCGAUACGCCACCACCCUCCGCAACGAGAUCCAGCUAAAGAGGGCCCAGCUGCAGAAAAGCCGGAGCGCUGCCACCCUGACCUGCCCCAGCGAGAUGGAGGAGCCAGAGGAGGAGGCAGACCCGGGGGGGUGGAAGUCCACCUCCUCCGACGGCUCCUUUUCCUCCUCCUACAAGGACCACCUCAAGGAGGCUCAGGCUAGGGUCCUCCAGGCCACGUCCUUUAGGAGGAGAGACCUAGAACCUCCCGGGUCAGGGUCGGAGGCUCAGUUAACCAAACCCAACUCACACAUAGUCUCCCGCAUUGGCGGCCGCAAACGUUUCCCUCUGAACAAGAGGGUCCACUCGUUCUCCGAGCCAGACAAGAUCAACAAGCUGGGAGUGGAGGGUGAGGGAGAACAUCCUGUUGGAACAGCACAGCCGUUUGUAGAUCGACGGAAGAUCUUUGAAAUGGCUGCUAAACCUGCCUUCUGCAGACCCAUCUCAACCAUCCACAAGUCAGGCCAGCAGAGCUCCAGCACCACCUCCAGCACUUUGGAGCACGGAGAGGGCAAGGCCAGAGGGAGAGCCCACUCAGGAGAAUCUCAGGAGAAAUACCCAGACCCCCUCAGCCCCGCAGGCAGACAGGCCCUACUGGAGCAGCAGAGGCUGGGGACCUUCACCGAGUACCAGGUUACCUGGAACAUGCAGAGGAAGGCUUCAGACACAAAGACCCAGGGGAGGUACCACUCUGCUGACGACAUCCUGGACCAGGGAACAGAGGAGACGCCUGUCUGUGUCCAUGAGAGGUCCAGAUCGUCUCCCUCACAAGACUUCUACACACAGAUCCCUGUGCCAUGGAGAGAGACUGUUGAAAUUCUGGACCACAGACAGGACCAGCAAGGAGGCAGUUACACCACCAGAGGGCCGAGCGAGAGCCAAGAGCAGCCAGCCCAGCUCCACCACUUCCCACAGCCUCUACAACCGUCUAUUCCAAGACUGACCGACACAGAGCCACACAGCAGCAGAGACGUGGCCGCCCCCGCCCCCCUCCCUCUCCCUCACCCCUCUGACCACAGAUACAAAUGUGACUCUGCGGACCCCGGCCACAACCUCUCCGCGUACCCUUCCAACCACACCCACAGCUCUGUGUCUGAGCAACCACUACCACCUCCAACGGCGGCUCCCAAGCCCCAGAAUACAGGCCUCAUCAUCAUGCCACAGUGGCCUCUCCUAGGCCUGGAAACCCCCUCAACCACAUCCUCCACCUACGGACUGUCUUCCCAGGAAUUCCUGCCUGGCCCUUGCACCCAUCAGGCUGAACCAUCAUCCAGCAGCAGCUGCUCCUCCCAUGGCACAGAGCUGGAUCCUGCCCCAAACCAAGCCUGCUCCUUGGGCUCCACCCAGCUCCCCUCUCCCUCCCCUGGGAGAACCGCUGGACUGGGCACAGAGGAGGGAGCAGCUGAUUCAACACUAGAGCCGCCCCCCUCCCCCUCUUCCCACUCUCCUUUUUUCUCCUACCAGCCUGCCAGUCUGACGGUUCCCUCCUCAGGUGGGACUAGUUCUCCCUCUCCUCAGUUUCCUCCACAGAGGCUGACGGACCAGCCCCCUGUCUCUGUGUCUGUGCAGGAUGAAGCCCAGAGCAGGCCAGAGAACAGGACCAACGCUGUGAUGGAGAUGAGCAGUGUAGGGAAGAAGGUCCCUGUGAAGAUCGUCCAUGCUGAGAGCACCACACAGAGGGAGAGCCGCCAGUACCUGCUGCACAGCGAGAGAAAUGGGGCCCCUGGAGUUUCAGAGGGGCCCGACUUUCCCCCGCCCUUACCGACCAGCCUGCCCUCCCCUGAGCUGCAGCCCUACUCCCUGUUCCGUGCCUACACCCCCUACACACGCCAUGGGCCCCAGAGUCCCCCCAGGGACCCAACCCUCCCUGUAGCCCCAGAAGAGGCCCUGUCCCCUGGGCGAUCUCAGACCAACGGCCCCUCCAGUAUCGCCGUCAUGGGUCCCCAGCAGCCUCAGAAGAGUAGCUCGGAGGAAGAUGUGAAGAGAGAGGAGCUGGUCAGAGACAUCAUGGACAAGGAUAAGUCCCUGGUGGACAUCUUGGACCAGAGUAAGAUGAAGACCACCAUGGAUCUGAUGGGGGGGAUCUUCCCCCAGGGGGAGCAGAUCUUGGAUGGGGGGCACCAGAGGAGGAAAUUCUCCCCCAAACAGUGUUUGCUGCCCAGGGGCACGGAUGACGGGAGAGAGGAGGGGGGCGUGUCUGCUGCCACAGGGGCCCUGGUGACCAGCUCCACCUACUACAGUACAUCUGCCCCCAAGGCUGAGCUGCUCAACAAGAUGAAGGACAUGCAAGAGGAGGAGCUGGAGGAAGACUCCGAGGACGAAUUGGACAUCGACCUGGCCAGCAAGAAGCAAGAGCUGAUUGACAGCCUGGGUAAGAAGCUGCAGGUGCUGCGCGAGGCCAGGGAGAACCUUCAGGAGGACCUCCACGAUAACAACUCUCUGGGGGACGAGGUGGAGGCCGUGGUGCAGAGGGUCUGCAAGCCCAACGAGCUGGACAAGUUCAGGAUGUUCGUGGGAGAUCUGGACAAGGUGGUCAGUUUGCUGCUCUCCCUGUCCGGCCGACUGGCCAGGGUGGAGAACGCGCUCAACAGUCUGGAGGAAGACACCACACCGGAAGAGAAGCGCACCCUGUCAGAGAAGAGGAAGCUGUUGAUCAGACAACACGAAGACGCCAAAGAGCUCAAGGAGAACCUUGACCGGCGGGAGCGCCUGGUUUACAGCAUCAUGGCUGUUCACCUCAGCCACGAGAGCCUGGCAGACUACCAGCACUUUGUCAAGAUGAAGUCAGCCCUCAUCAUCGAGCAGCGCAAGCUGGACGACAAGAUCAAACUGGGAGAGGAGCAGCUGAAAUGUCUGCUGGAUAGUUUAUUGUUGGAGCAGAGGCUGCUGUUCUGACGAUUGCUAGUGCAAUCCGAGAUCCUUGGGACGUCCAUACCUUAACCCCUACCCUAACCUUAACCCCUACCUUAACCUUUCAACUUCAAUAGGGUGACAUCAGUUGUGACGUCCCAGGGGUCUCAUUUAGUCUAUUCCUUCUGACAAUGGCCACACAGGUAAUGUGGUGUACUGACACAGACUGGCCACUAGAGGGCCUCAGAGGUGCUAUUGGACUUGGAUAUGAUGGAGGAUUCUCUGUGUGCUUUGUGGUCAUUGACUGACUGACUUGAAUGAAGCCUGUUACAUUUCAGUUCCACAGUACAGACAGCAGCUGUUUUUCUGUGCUAAAGAAACACCCCGUUUCUGGAUUUAAAGUAGCUCCUUCGAGGAAAUUCAUCAAGAUUGAUGAAACGUGUUUGAUUCAGGGAUGUUGGUGAGGCCUAUGCUCUCAAAUGAUUCUCAAGACGAGGCGGAGCGUCUGUUUUAUAUCAUGCGUGUUUGAAAGAUGAUUUUAGUAAUUUAUUGUAGCCUUUUAAAUAUUUACAGAUGACUUGACAUUCCAGGUAAACUCACCUAUAAACCUACGUUGUAGUUAAUUCCAAUACAAAUGAUAUAUACAUAUUCUUAUUGUGAAGUAUAGGUUUUAUAAUUAGAUCAUUAACAGGGAUUUUCCUCAAUGGGACAGUGCUGGUUUGGUUGAGAAGUAUAAAGUUGUUUUCAUAUUUGCCCAAACAGUACUUGUCUUUCAUCAUAUUACACACACCACUAAUAGCUACAGCACAGAUGUAUGUUUUCAACCAAUCUUGUUCUCAGGCCCCACUUCCCGUACAAUAGUAUGGUGUUCCUUGACAAUGUUUAUUUCUUACUCAUGUGCUGGGGUUGAUGGGUUACUGGUCUUUUUUAAUUCCAAAAGUAUAAAAAGGUCAUUAAAGGUUUGAAAUCAGUUCUGGGCAGCAGGUAACCUGGUUAUAGAGGUGAGCCAGGAAACCAGAGGGUUGCCAGUUGCUGGAAUCAAAUCCUAGAUGCCAUUGCAUGCCAUUUUGCCCUUGAGCAAGGCACUUAACCCCCUCCCCCACAACAACAGCUCCCUGGGUGCCCAGUGUGGCAGACCCCUGCACCACUCCAAAACAUGCAUGUGUAUUUUCAGCUUCCUUUUGGAGGAGUUGGGUUAAAAGCGGAAGGUGCAAUUUACCAAUAAAUGUAUCUUAAAAUCAAAGACCGAAUUAGCACUUUUUAUAGUCCCAGAAUUCCCCUGUUUAGGGACCUAUCUCAACCUGACGUUGUGCCUGGGCGUCUGCCACUGUGAACACUAAAGGAUUUGUAUGUCCAUGCUUUGUAUAACCAUACAUGCAUUGUACUCUCUCAUCAAUUUGAAGACAAUAAACAGUAUG